ACAGGUCUACUCUGAGCUCCUCGAAAAGCAAAAUCAAAAAUAAACAUUAUUUCCUCUUUUACAAUCUUUUCCAGUUCCUUCUUCUUGCCCUAAACUCCCAGUUCUUAUUUUCCCCAAAAUUUGUAGAUUCUCUGUAACAUUCCUUCGAAUUGAUUCCUGGAUUACUCCUUCAGUUACAUCCAAGUCUUUAUCCAGUUUUGGCUACUGUACACUUUUCGGAGUUUAUAAGUUUGGCUGCUAUUAUUCAUUUUGCAAGACAUCCAGUGUGUCAAACUAAGAAAGUAAAAUGAAGCAACAAGAGAACAGUACAAAAGGUGUCACUAAAGAGAACCUUCCAGGGAGUGAACUUUGGACAGAUGGGCUUAUUUGUGCUUUUGAGUUUAUUCGAGGGGCCAGGAAGCAGACAACUAUCUCAAAACCUGGUUCCAGGACAAAUCUUGAUCGAAAUAUCAAUGGCGAAGACCCCAAGCAAGUGCCUAACGGUACAACUAAUUCUUCAGCUCAUGGUGUCCAAAAUAUCGAUCUUCUAGACUUUGAAUCACUCAUAAAGGUUGGGUCAGAUGGAAUUUCUUCUUCAGAUAACCAAAAAAUGGAUAAACCUAUAGGAAGUCAUUGGGUACCAAUUGGUUGGGAUCGAAUCGCUGAACUUGCCCAAACAGUUCAAGUUGAUGGUGGAUGGACCUCACAAUCUAUUGAGUUCAUGGAUGAUGAGGAUGAUUUAACGGUUGCGGAUGUUGCAGCUCCUUACUGGGAACGGGCAGCAGGGCCUACAUGGUGGUGUCAUGUGGUUGCUGGUCAUAAAUUCAUUGAUUCAUGGCUAACCAAUGCUCAGUGGUUACAUCCAGCCAUUAGUCUUGCCUUGAGAGAUGAAAGUCGGUUGAUCAGCGAUCGCAUGAAACACCUCUUGUACGAGGUUCCAGUUAGGGUUGCAGGCGGUGUAUUGUUCGAGUUGUUAGGGCAAUCAGCUGGUGAUCCUUUUGUUGACGAAGAUGACCUACCUAUUGUACUUCGAUCCUUUAAAGCACAGAACUUUUUAAUAUCUGUAUUGCAUGUUAAAGGAACUGCAUCACACAUUAAUGUGUUGGGUAUAACCGAAGUGCAGGAGCUUCUAGCCACUGGUGGUAGCAGUUUACCAAGAACAAUUCAUGAAGUAAUAGCGCAGCUAGCUUGCCGCCUUUCUCGUUGGGAUGAUAGGCUGUUUCGCAAAUCCAUAUUUGGUGCAGCAGAUGAAAUUGAAUUGAAAUUUAUGGACAGGAGAAACCAUGAGGAUAUGAAUCUAUUCAGUGUUAUUCUCAAUCAAGAAAUCAGGAAGCUAUCAAGACAGGUGAUCAGGGUUAAAUGGUCACUGCAUGCUAGAGAAGAAAUCAUAUUUGAGCUUCUCCAACACUUGAAGGGCAAUGCAGCAAAAAAAUUGUUGGAAGGAAUUCGAAAGAAUACAAGGGAAAUGAUUGAGGAGCAAGAAGCAGUUCGUGGUCGGCUCUUUACCAUUCAAGAUGUUAUGCAAAGUACUGUCCGUUCAUGGUUGCAGGAUAAGAGCCUUCGUGUUACCCACAAUUUGACCGUAUUUGGAGGUUGUGGUCUUGUUCUUUCGAUAAUCACGGGAUUAUUUGGGAUCAAUGUAGAUGGAAUGCCCGGGGCUCAAAACACUCCAUAUGCAUUUGCUCUUUUUUCUGGUCUCCUCGUCCUGUUGGGUAUCAUAUUGAUUGUAAUUGGAAUAUUGUACCUUGGGUUGAAAAGACCCAUCACUGAAGGACAGGUCCAAAUAAGGAAGUUGGAGCUUCAACGACUUGUUAAAUCAUUCCAACAUGAAGCUGAAACUCAUGCACAAGUUAGGCAGGAGUUUACCAGAAAUAACUUACCUCCAACUGCGUCGGAUAUGAUUCCUGGAGCAGAGUAUAUACUAAUCCACUGAAGAUACGUGCCAGGUUUGGGAGCUGAGCUGUUUUGUCAUUAACCCCGCCAACUUUUCAGCAAUCAAAGUAGAGCGGUGUUUAACAGCAUUCUCAAUGGUAUAAUAACUACUAAGUUCGAAAAUAAUGAUCAGGUGCUGACAAGUAGAAAAUUAGGUCGUCAACUUUCUCUCCAGAAAAAAGGUCUUACUAUUAACAUGUUCUGUAUUCAUGACAUAUGUUUCUAAAAAAGAAAGAUGUUUUUUAUGUAAUAAAAGUGAUUCUGUUAGCUAAGCUAAUACGUUUAUGCA